AUGUGGAAUGGCAAUAGUAAGACAUUUCCAUUGUCGCCAUCAACAGAAAAUAAUUUGAAAGUAGUACUGUUAAAAGGUCAAACACGUUUGAAUUAUCAAAAUAAUAUAAAGUUUAUUGAACAUACACAAGCAAAUAAAACUAGUAAUGGUAAUAGCAACAAUAGGAAUAAAAGUAGUAGUAACAAAUGGGAUAAUCAGGAGACGUCAUGGAAGCAAGGACCACUCAAAGUGGCCUUUUUGGGUUCUUCCGGCGUAGGGAAAACACAAAUCUUACAGAAAAAGUUCCCCAUAGAUAAUCUCGCUGAAUGGAAUCACAACAACAAUCCACUAGGCCUUAGAUGUAUGCAUGUCUACGUCCUUGUUUUUGACAUGGGAAACUUGGAUACAUUUCAAUAUUGCCGAUCGAUCAGAGAGCAAAUUCUAUCAAGCUUCACUCAUCGCAAUUUUAGCAUUAUGGUUGUUGGUAAUAAAAUCGAUUUAGUGGUUGACUCACCAAAUUAUACUCAGGAACUCAAGGAUAUAUCAGCUCUCGUUCGUAAACAUUGGCGAUCGGACUAUAUCGAAUGUUCUGCAAAGUACAACUAUAAAAUAAAUGAUGUGUUUCGAGAAGUUAUGGGUGUAUCAGGUAUGAGUGGAUGCUCAGGAGCUGGCAUUGAAUUUUCACAAUCAUCCCGACAUAAAAGCAAAUGUAACAUUCUUUAAUGGGCCUUUUAAGCAAGAAAUUAUUUAAAGAAAAAUCAACAAUAAAAGUAAUGAUAAUAGUGCUAGGAGUGAUGGAAGUGACCCCCCUUUGACCAAAUAAAUAAUCUACCUACUCAACUAUAACAAUCAAAUUUAUUGUGAAAAUUCAAAAUGGUGUCGAGAAAAAGUCGAAAAUGCUCAUCAACAAAAUAGAUAUCGACAUUAAUUCCAUCACUGUCUUCACACUCUACCCUAAACUGGCAAUAAUGUUUACACUAUUAAAGUAAGGAAGUUUUACUAACAAAAAAAUAAAAUAAAAACGAUGAGAGAAUAUUAAUGAUAAUGUCAUACGCAAUUUUCAUUUUUCGUUUUUUCGGGUGAAUAACAAAAAAGAAUUAUUAUGGAUGGAAAAUAUUCAAAUAAGGCGAGAAAUGAUAAAUAUUUGAAAAACUGUGUAAUACAAUAUGAAUAAUUUAUUAAAAUUAUUUUUCAACAAUGAAUACUGCUGUUAAUGUUAAUAAAUGAUGAUAAAAAAAAGACUUUUUAGAGUGAGAGAAUUAAAAACAAAAAUAAAAUAUUUUUCUAAAGCUCUCCAAAAAAACCCAACACAGCCCACCCAGAUAUAUUUUCCCACCCCCAACUCUAUGUUCCUAUUUUAAGGUUCACCUCUAUUUUUUUUUCUUCUCCUACAACUUUAACAGUCAACAAACAUCAUCAUCAUUUUGAUUUAAUUUUCGAAUAAUAAAAUAUUCAAAUUCCUUGGAGUUCAUUUAUAAAUGACGUUACAGAUCCAUGGUAGGAGGUCCUUAAACAAAAUAUUUUGUUGGAAUUCAAACGUUUGUUGUUUCCGUCAUUUUUAAACGACCCUCUCUUUAAAAAAAUAAACAGCACUUCAAUAUUAAACCUUAAAGGUAGUGAGAGAAAUGAUUUAAGACAGGGAAAAAUGAGCAUCGUGGAAAUUGUCACAUCUGUUUGAAGCUAUAUUUUUAGUGCAUUUUCCCAAGAGAACUUGAAGUUGAGUUUCACUUGAAGCAAAUCCAUUUGUGCCAUAAGGAUGAACAAUAUGAACUUUGAUUUUGAAGGUUAUGUAAUUUUAUCAACGAAUGUUACAGAAACUGAUUGUGGAUUUCUGGAGUGAACUUUAGUUCAAGGGAAUUUGAUAGGAUUUGAACAUAUGAAUCUGACAUCUUUAUAAUUUAAAGCAAUAGAAUUCUUGCUAUAUUAGUAACUUACUGAUUGCUAAAUAUUCAUUAUAUAGGAAAUAUUGGAUAGUAAGAAUAAUAAUCUGUAAAACUAUCUCUAGAGUGCACUUGAGUCUAUAUUCUAGAUCUCUUUAUUCUUUUAUUCAUAACAAACUCGAGAGUUUUGCUCUUUUCUCACCUUGAAAUGUUUCCAAAGCAUCAAUAAUUGAAAUAUGGAUAUAAUAACUGAAGAUAUCUUUAGUAUUUGAUGUCAAUAGGUCAAAAAAAUGGAAACUCACCCUUGUGACACCGAAAAACUGCACUAAAAAGCUCGUUUCAAAAUACCGAAAAUAAUAUCAAAUUUUGUGUGACUUUUCCUUUGUUCCCCCGACACAACCCUUAUCAAGUUAUUCAUCCAAAUGUAACAAAAUAAAAAAAAAUAUUUGAAAGGUAGGAAUAAAAUUAUUAACCUUAUGAAAAUGAAUAAAAAGUUUCUUUUGUUCAUAAAAAAAUAUCGCACAAAUCAAGUUAGCAGAAGAAAAGGGGGAAAAAAUUAAUAAGAAUGUUAAAUCGAGUCAUACAUAUGUCUCAUGCAUGUUAUUUCUAUUUUGACAUUUUCAUUCAUGAAAAUAAGAUUGUAG